ACUGUAGCCUGCUGAAUGAGCUGCUGGAUAACAGCGAUGGCCCAUCCAGCCUCACAUUUCUCUGGUCACUGAGGGAAGACAUUGCACUUCAUUCUGAACUGGCUGCGUUGGAUCAAUACCAUUGACUGGAAGUCCGCCAUCAAACAAGCACACACGAAACCACAGGAGGGUCUCCAUUUUUAAAGUGCCCGUGUGAGUUUCCUAUCUUUGGAGGAGAAAUGGAAGCGCAACAGAGCAAACUGGAAUUUUUCCACAAGUUGGGCUACGGAAAGGAGCAAGUCCGCCAAGUGCUGGAGAAACUAGGUCAAGACGCCUCAGAGAACGAUUUGCUGCAAGAGUUGGUUCAGGCAGGCAGCAGGCCUCAGGAGCCUGAGAACUGGACGCCAAGUUUUCACCCCACCCCCGCUGCCCAUGGAUCAUGCAGGCCUUUGCCAAUUUCCAGACAGUCUGCUGAGGAAGGAGAUGAUCCCUCCAGUGUCUUGAGAGCUAUUGUGAUUGAUGGCAGCAAUGUUGCUAUGAGUCAUGGAAAUAAGGAAGUGUUUUCAUGCUUGGGAAUUCAGCUGGUGGUGGACUGGUUCAAACAGAGAGGUCAUCAAUAUAUCAAAGUCUUUGUCCCAUCAUGGAGAAAGGAACCAAGCCGAUUUGAUAACCCCAUUACAGAUCAGCAUGUUCUUGAAAAACUUGCAAAGGAAGCAAUUCUUGUAUACACACCAUCCCGCAGAAUGAAAGGCAAAAGGCUGGUAUGCUAUGAUGAUCGGUACAUAGUUAAACUGGCGUAUGAGCAAGAUGGGAUCAUUGUUUCCAACGAUAACUUUCGGGACCUGCAGAACGAAAAUCCUGAGUGGAAAUGGUUCAUUGAACAGCGACUACUGAUGUACUCCUUUGUCAAUGACAAAUUUAUGCCUCCUGAUGAUCCCUUAGGCCGGCACGGACCCUCUCUUGACAGUUUUCUCAGCAAGAUGCCACAGAUUCCCGAGCCAAAAUGGCAGCUCUGUCCUUAUGGCAAAAAAUGCACAUAUGGCAUCAAGUGCAAAUAUUACCACCCAGAAAGACUGACUUGGGACCAUCGCUCUGUAGCUGAUGAGCUCCGAGCUAAGACAAAGAUCAACUCACUUGCUCAGAGGACAGAAGAAGAGAAGACAAGAGCAAAUCCAGUAAAGAACAGAGAUGGGAAUACAUCACAUUUACCUGGCUCUAACGGUGGUAGUGUUAUUGGCAGGAGCUCAGCACACAGCUUGGCAACAUUUCACAGUAAUCCCCAACAGUGGGAAGGAGAAGACAACAGGGAUGCAACAAGUGACUGGACAAACAUACAUCAAGACAACUGGCAGCCUGAAUCAACUGAAUUACAAGAUCAGGCAGGGGCCAUGUCAAAGCAACUGACUGCAUUGUCUCUCAGUGCCAGCAAAUACUCUGGAAAUACUCUUGCUGGACCUGGUAAAUAUGAAGACAUUGUGGGUGACCCACGUAGGGAUCAUUAUCUCAAAUACAACCAGACUUCAUCUCUGUCUCCUCACAGUCUGUGCUGGGAUUGCCCUUGCUUACAAAUAUGUAAUUUUCAAGGAUGUUACAGAAUGCAAACAGCAGCAGUGUCAGUCCCGACCUCACAAACACCUUCUAGUUUGCUAAGGGAUGGCUUGAAGGACCAACAUGAAGGACAACAUAGCUCUAUGGUUUCUUUGGCUGAGUCGUUUUCAGGCUGCAAGGAUGGAGAUAUGAAAUAUCCUGGACAUCUGCAGACCAAAUCUUACAACCCAUUAUUUUUUAUGGAUUCCAGCUCAUUCAACGCACUAGACCAUUACACACAUCCUUCUGGUACUGAGGCCCAGCAGAAUUUGACUCUGCAGUCACUUCCUAGAGAGCAAGCAAAUGUCCAGCAAGCACAGUACUUUGGCUUCCCAUAUAAUGAGGCAGAGCAAACUGUGUCCUCCUCCUACACUGAUACUGUAGACGCGACACACUUAAUGCCAUUCGUUCAAUGGCAUGGGACCCUACAUAGCAGAUCUCCUAACAGAAAACCAUGGUAAGGAGAAAGAGAGUUGGUGAUAAUGCCCUAUUCAAAGACUCCAGUAUUCACCUUCAUGCUGAACCUGAACAAGUCUCUCAGUGGAAAGUAGUAUUUAUAUGCUGGCCUUGAGAUUUGUUUGUAUUCUACAUCCCCUACAUUCUGCAUGAUUUAUCUUCUGCCAUCAUUGCAAGCAACAUCCUGACCUUCACUCCCUCUAGCCAGUUUGUGUUCUGCUUUCCAGAGACUACUCACAUGCCACACUUCCCAAAAAGCUUUUCCUAGAUCAGUGUUCUUCAACCAUGGAUCCCUAGACUACAACUCCCAACAUCCUUGACCAUUGGCAAAACUGGCUGGGGAUGUUUUGAGUUGUAAACCAAUGACAGCCAGAGACUUAAGGUUAAAGAACACUGUUCUAGAUCACCACCACAACCUCCUCUGUUACAAUCUGUUUAAAUUCCAGUUAACCCCUUCUCCACAAACAAAUCCAUCUUUUCUCCACAAACAAAUCCAUCUUUAUCAAAUCCAUCUUUCAGCUUUUUCUUAUCUGUGUCCAAGGUCCGUUUAGAGCUUAUCCUUACCAAGGUUAUACUGGUGUUACAUUAGUGUGAUAAAGAUGUGGAUGAAAAAUAUAUACAGCUAAAUAUUUGAGGAUGUGUUGUUGGGCAAUGCUGAUAGGGGUGCAGGCCCAUGCAGAGCAGGGGUGGGCAGCAGGGUACACUUGCCCCAGGCCUCGGGGGACCCUGCCAGGGACUGGUUGCUUUGUUUGAGUGUGUAACUUUAUUCUAACAAGACUCCUGUCCUAGGCCUCAGACAAGCUCUGCAUGGGCCUGCAGGUGGGGGCCCUCUCUGGCAUGUCCAAGUAAUGUUUAGAAAUGCACUUCAGUAUGCUUUGUAUAGAAUACACAUGCUCAACUGGGCAAACAAGGUCCUGUGUGGAUGCUCGAGUGGCAUCUGUGACCAGAAGCAUCUUUUGCCAACUUUGACUGGUGCUCCAGUUGUGGCAUUUUGACACAAUUUGUAAUGUCCAGGUUAGAUUAUUAUAAUGUAGUAUAUAUCAGACUGCCUCUGAAAUGGUUUUUUUGAAACUGCAGCUGGUCCAAAAUAUAGUAGCAGCUCUUUUGCUCCAUUAAAAAAAUGUUUUUAUAUAUUCUUCUUGCAUGUUUUAGCAGUUUAUGUAUAUACUGCCUUGAAGACCAAUUGGUAGAGGGGUGGGCUAGAAAUCUUUUUAAUUAAAUAAACAAACCAGCAACACACCCCUUGUGUAUUUCAUUUGACUCAGAUACUCUGAGAUAUAUGGCGAUAGAUAUAUGUCAAAGUAUCCCCAUCUUUUUAAAAGCUUUUGAAAUAGCUGGGGCUGUAGGGAGGAAAGUGAUCCAGAAUGAGACUGGAUCACAGAGGAGAGGAGGGGAGAUUAACUUUCCCCCCUCACAGUGUGCCUUUACUAAAAACAUAAUAGCUUGGAUUCAGCUAACCCAACGUUUUAACAGAAGCCAGCACAAGGGACACAGUCACAGGUCUCAGUCCUGCCCCUCCCCCCAUGACUAAUAUUACAAAAACUUUGGAAAGAGAUAGAGAUGCUAUCACACUUCUCAACACUUAUGUGUAUUUUUGUGCUAAAAGUCCAGUCAGAGGUUAAUUUCUAAUUUGGGGGGGGGGGGACAUAACCAGAAUGAUCAGUAUAGCAAUAUAUACAGACCUGGUUCACACAUCAUGAUAGGCCAAAACUAAACCAUAGUUUAUUAAGCAAACCACAAAUCUAUGCUCAUAUGAUCAAAUAAACCUUGACUUGAUUUCCUUCCAGCUAUUUUGUAUUUCCCACCUGCUGUUGAAUACAGAGGUUUCUUUGCUUCUUCUAGGAAAAGAGAAAGGGGGCGGGGUCAGAGGCUGCUGAGAGCCUGCUAAGCCACACCCACUGGCAACCUGAGCUCAGGUUAACACUUUCAUGAUAAAGAUGACACUGCUGUUAACACAGCUAGUGGGAACUGCCAAACAUGGGAAGCGGUUUCAUUUUUCAACCGGGUUAGCAUCACUAUACAGUAGCUUGGAGCCUGUUGGGCGGGGGGAGCCACACUUAAACCAUUUAAAGAACUGUUGGGAUGCUAAGCCAAAGUUAAUGCCAGCAAGCCCACAACAUAUCACGAUUUCUUUUAGUUAACAAACCACAGUUAAGGCACUGAGGCUUGGCUCACACAUAAUACCCAAGUUGAUUAAUGAAGGCUUGUUUUAACCUUAGUUUACAGUUGCAUGAAAAGCAGGAUACGGUAAGGUCAGCUAGAGGAGCAUCUUUCCAACUUGUAGACUGGGAUCCAAAAGUGGGUCACAGCAGGGCUGGAUUUACGUACUGUAUAAGCUAAACAAGCUAUAGCUUAGGGCCCCACGCUCUUGGGGGGGCCCCCAAAAAACUUAA